AUGGGGACACGGAGCAGCCCGGACGAGGGGACCCCGCCGCCCGCGGUCCCCGAAUGCGACGCAGAGGUCCGAUCUCAAGGGGCCGCCCAGCCCCGGGAGCUCCCCGAGGACUCCCGCGAGCAGGAGGUGCCCGAGGCCCCAGCAGAGCUUCCGAGCGGCCAAGGGGCUGAGCAGCAGACGGAGGAAGAGGAAGAGGUGGGAGAAGGCAGCUGCACGGAGAGCAGCCGCGAUGCGGUGAAGGCUUUGCCUUCCGUUCAGAUCCCGGCCAAGCCACCCGCAGCCUCUCAGGCUGGGGAAGGGGUGCGAGGGGCGGCGCGGCGGCUUAGAGCCCAGCAGUUGGAGGCACUGACUCGCGUGGCUUUGUUGGAGCAGCGAGUGAGGGAGCUACAGCGUCAGAGGAAGGAACUGAGGAUCCAGAUGGAGGUGGAGGUGACCCUGCUUCGGGGUGAACUGGCUGGGGAGCGAGUGGCCGUCUGGUGCGAGGAGGAGCAGCUCUGGGAGCUGCUGGGGCAGCAGGUGGACUCAGAAAAGGGCGUCCAAGAGCAGCGGGAACAGGAGCAGAGGCACCUGAGCCAGGAGCGGGAUCGUGUGGAGGGUCUUCGCCAGAGACUCCGGGAGGCCCAGGGGCAGCUCGACUUGCAGCCGGAAGACCAGCGUGAGCGGCUUCUGCAGGGAGUGCAGGAGAUGAAGGAACAGCUGGAUGUGGCCCAGCAUGCCUAUGAGGACCUGGAAUUCCAGCAACUGGAGCGGGAGAGCCAGUGGGAGGAGGAUUGGGACAGUCCCAAGGCCCGGGCACUGGACCCCAAGGUCCAGGAACUCCAGGCCAGCGUGGUGCAGCACAGGGUGAUAACCAGUGCUCUGGGGGGUGCCCUGCAGCGCCGGAUCCAGGUCUUGGAGGAGCAGCUCAAGUCACUGGGGGAGCAGAUGGCAGCUGAGAGCCGGGGGCUGAGCCAGAAGAAGGAGGAGGCCCUUCAGGCCCUGACCCAGGAACGGAGCAGACUGUUCAAGCUUAAUUGCCUUCAGGGAACCCCUGGCGGGGACUUCUCUGAGUCCAACCAGGCCCUCACCAAGCUCCUGUUCACCCAGAAGACAGAUCGCCAGCUGCUGGUUCUCCAGGACCCCACUGCUCACGCUGCCGCCGCCACCUCUUCCUGCCUCUUCUCCGUUCACAGCUCCCUCCAGGGCUCCAUUGGCCUCCAGAGGACUGGAAGCCUGCCCCGGAAGAGGGGCGAGAGAGUGAGCCAGAGGGGAUCCCCCCGGCCUCUGUCCUUCUAUUGUACUGGAGCCCUGGAGGCCUCGGCCCUCCCGCCCUCAGCCAGAGACUCCGGAAGACACCCCCUCUAUCAGCUGCUGAACUGUGGCCCCAGAAAUAGUUGUGGCGCCCUCCACCCGGACAUCGCCCGUAUGGAACGCCUCCUGCAGCAGGCUGUGGCAGAGAGGGAGCGGCUGCUCCAGGCCAGGGAAGGGACAAGAAGGAGCACGGAAGGUGCCUCAGACCCCCCUGUACCUGCCAUCAUGGCCCCGCCCACAGCCCCAUCCCACCCUCCUGGCCCUCGGGUCUUGGAUCUCCGGCAACACCUGGAACGCUGGGGCCACAACCCGGAAAGCUGCCCGCACAUACGGGUGUCUGGGGGCUACUGCCGCGGACCCCUGGUGAAGAUGGGAGGCCGCAUCAAGACCUGGAGGAAGCGGUGGUUCUGCUUUGACCGCCAGGCCCGCCGCCUGGCCUACUACACGGACAAAGAAGAGACCAAGCUCAAAGGCGUCAUCUACUUCCAGGCCAUUGAGGAAGUCUACUACGACCACUUACGCUGUGCCUUCAAGAGCCCGAACCCUCGCCUAACGUUCUGUGUCAAAACCUACGAACGCCUUUUCUACAUGGCGGCUCCAAGCCCAGAAGCCAUGCGCAUCUGGAUGGACGUCAUCGUGACAGCGGCGGACGAGAACCACGCCCCCUGA